UGCGAGACAGGGGCAGAGUGGCAUGCGCAAAGGCACGGAGAAAAGCAAGAGAGAUGAAUCGAAAAGACUGAAUCGAUGGACACACAGACACAGAGAAGCAGAGAAUCCGGUGGGAGAGGCAGAGCGUUGAGUGCCUGGCUGGAGGCAUCCUGAUCUUAGGUUUCUAUGUUCUGACGCCCCGCUGGAUCCUCUGCUUAUGCCCCAAUAUGGCUGUUCUCUUGAGCUCAAGUCCGAGGAAGUGAGUGUCAUGGUGGAGGAGGACCUUUCCCGUGUGUUUGCCCACAGAAUAUCAACCCGAUUCCCUCCAGGUCACGUGAGAGUACACAGUGACCUGUACUGGAGCACAGUGUCUUGCCGGGCUCUGGUUCUUACGCUCCGCUGCAGGUGCCGUUACACGGCUAUCCAGGUGACCAGUCCCCAGGUCCUCACACUUACGGCCGGAGAGUUUUGCCUUCUGCUGCCUCUCUUCCUGAACAUUCUCACCAGCCUUAGGUCAGAAGGUCCGCUUCCUGUAUUAGUCACUUUUCUCAUUGCCGCGAUCAAACGCCCGAGAAGAAGCAGCUCUGGGAAGGAAGCGUUUCUUUUGGAGUGCAGUUUGAAAGAGACCGUCCACAGCCAUGGGGAAGGUGUGGUGGCAGGGGAAGAAGAGAGCAGACAAGAAAUGGGCUGGGCCACACUAGGGAUCUGCUUCCUUGCUGUCUGGAGACCCAGCUGUGCUGCAGGAUUCUUUUACUACAACUCCCACUGCUAUGGAUACUUCCGGAAGAUGAAAAACUGGUCUCAGGCUGAGGAGGAGUGUCAGAAGUAUGGAACUGGAUCCCAUCUGGCAACUGUCUCGAAUCUAAAGGAAGCUGGAGUCAUAGCAAAGUACAUACUUGGCUAUCAGAGAAACCUGCCUGUGUGGAUUGGCCUGCAUGAUCCACAGAAGAAGCAGUUAUGGCAAUGGAUUGACGGGUCUAUAGACCUGUACUCACCCUGGAAUUACAGGACAAAGAGCGAAGCCAGGCACUGUGCUGCGCUGAACCCCAAGGACAGAUUUUUAAGCUGGAACAAAAAUGGAUGCAGCGAGCGCCAACACUUCCUAUGCAAGUACAGGCCAUAGAGCAAGAAUCAAGCGCCUGCCAGCCGUGCGCAAGCUCCUUCUUCCUCCCUCUCACCUGGCGGCU